UAUAUUUAUAUUUUAAGCAUGAAUUAAUUGUAUAAAUUAAAAUACUUUGCUACAUAUAACAAGAAUUAUAUUAUUCAGAAAUUAUAAAUUAAAAUGCAUUUGUGUUCAUUUGUGACCUGAGAACUCACGGAGAUUCUAGAAUGAAUGUGUCGUCAUGGUUACUCCUCUGUGAUGUCAUAGCAGACACUGGACUCAGAUCAGACUCAGAUCAGACGCUGCUGGAUAGACAGAUAUGAUGGAGAUGCAGAGGGGAACAGAAAUCCAGCGGACUCGGGCUUUGGUGGAGAUGCGACACUCGGUCAUGGCUCCAGAGUCGCCUCCUAACGCUCCUCCUGAGUGUCUCCAGACGCCUGCGGACACCGGCGCAAACUCUCUGAGACCCUUCUACACGGCUCAGAAACCUGCGUGUGGCUUCAGCUUCUCCUGGCACACGGACCACAGACGCAGACACAACGACCUGCAGACCUGCAACCCGGUGAUGUGGAGGAGCCAAGCGGAAAAGAACAGCGGGGAGUGACGUCAGUGGUAAUUGGAAGGGACACCCUCACCCUCACACUCGCCCUGUCCUGCACGCUGAGCCCAGCCCGUGUUUCAGUGUGUGUUUGCAUGGGGAAGCAGUGAGCGCUCUCUCCUGAAGCUCCGGCACUGCAGAGGCAUCAUGGGAAACUCGCACGGCAUGUCAGUGAAGGAGCUGAGUGCCUGUCAUUCCCAUCAGUGGUACCGCAAGUUCAUGACCGAGUGUCCGUCCGGUCAGCUCACCUUCUACGAGUUCAAGAAGUUCUUCGGUCUGAAGAAUCUGUCCGAAAAAUCCAACGAAUACGUCAAGACCAUGUUCAAGACCUUCGACAUUAACGACGACGGCUGCAUUGAUUUCAUGGAGUACGUGGCCGCUCUGAGUUUGGUUCUGAAGGGUGGUGUUCAGCAGAAGCUGCGCUGGUACUUCAAGCUGUUCGAUGUGGAUGGCAGCGGAUGCAUCGACCGCGAGGAGCUGCUGCUCAUCUUCAAGGCCAUUGAAGCCAUUAACGGAGUAGAGCAGGAGUUUUCCGCUGAGGAACUGACAGACAUGGUGUUCAACAAGAUUGACGUUAACGGAGACGGCGAGCUGUCUCUGGACGAGUUCAUCGAGGGCAUCCAGGCGGACGAGGUUCUGUCGGUGAUGCUGACCCAGAGUCUGGAUCUGACUCAUAUCGUCAGUAAUAUCUACACAGACAUGGGCUCUGAGCAGCAGCUCAACUGACCCCAGACCAGCCUGAGAUCAGGUGCCAAACCAGAGGACGAUCACCAGCGUAAAUCAACUCUAAAGCUGCUGAUUCAGCAUUAAACCCUCAACACAUCAGAUACUGAUAGCAUUAAUUGUGUACACCUGCAUUUCAAAAACCUAAUUAUUUCCUGUAAUCACAGAAUAACUGAGACUAGAGCAAACGCUUUAUUUAAGUGCACUUAUGCAUGAUUUAUUAAUGACAUUAAAACCUGAGGUUUGAACAAAA